AUGAAGGCAGACCCAUUCGCAUUAAUAGAGGGAAGAUGCCAGUUAAAUUUGAUGAUUAUCAUGUUGGUAGUUUAUGGGGAGGAGAAUGGUUGGCAGUGUAAGGAGGAGAAGUCUUCAGAUUUUGUGUGGGUUUUGGAUCCAAUUGAUGGCACUAAAAGCUUCAUCACUGGUAAUGUUUGUUGUUACACUUAUAUGGCAAAUUCAGCUAGCAGAAACAUUGAAAGAACAUGGCUUUUCUGGGUUUUAUUUGGACCACCAACUUCCAUAGUUACUGCUAAUGUUCUGCAGAUACUAGGCAUAAUCUAUCAGCCCAUACUAAGAGAACGAUGGAUUGGGAUGGUUGGGAGAAGAACCGCAUUGAACAGGGACGAGAUUUCAACUCGCAGUUGCCUGCAACUGUCGCAAGCAUAUUUGUACACUACUAGUCCCCAUCUUUUCAGCGGGGAUGCUGUGGAGGCAUUUGCUCGUGUUAGAGAUAAGGUGAAAGUGCCAUUGUACGGCUGUGACUGCUAUGCUUAUGCCCUUUUGGCAUCUGGAUACGUAGAUCUUGUUGUUGAAUCUGGUCUCAAGCCCUACGAUUUUCUCGCCCUGAUCCCUGUGAUAAAAGGUGCUGGUGGGUUCAUUACCGAUUGGAAAGGCCGUGAUCUCUCUUGGGAGGCAUCUCAAGAUUCUAAAGCUCCAAGUUUCAAUGUUGUGGCUGCUGGAGACAGGCAAAUUCAUCAACAAGCUCUAGAUGCACUGCAAUGGCCCUGA